AUGGAGAGAGAAAUUGAACAAUUAGUGGAGAUGGGUGCUACGGUGCCACAAGCAAGGGCAGCCUUGAGGCGUUACAAAGAUGUCAUGCGGGCUGCAGAACACAUCUUUGAAGGCCAGUUUGAUGAUGUGACAGACGACGUUGAGGAUGUCGAUGAUUAUGUGGACUACGAUUCCGACUACGAGGGAAAGUCUCGUCCUGCAGUCGAGGUGGACCCUUACUCCGGCAUAUUUUUUUCAAAGGAUCGUCGAGAAGAAGUCAUAGAAGUGGAAGAAGAGCCUGAGACGACAUUUUUACCUGAGGUAACUGAGCAAGUCAAGCUCAUGACUCAAGGCCAGUGGAUGAAAGGCUGCCCCGAGGGUGGUGAACAAAGUUUCUUGUUCAGCCUUUAUUCCCAGCUCAGUGAUGGCGUAUGUUGCUGUACACAGCAAUGUGGGUACACGAUCAAGCGAAAGAAAGGCGAUUUUUUCGCCCUCUUCUCGGACUUUCCUACGUAUAUAGGACAGUUACGCAGUACUGUCAGACGGACUUGUCCUACAUGUCAAACUGUGUUUUGUUAUGCAUGCGGCGAAUCUGUCGAUUCGGAUAAAAACCAACGCCAAUCUGUCACCUCUGACGACGACGGUUUAUUCCACUGUUCCAAUCUUCAAGGUGUCAUAUUAGGCGUUGGGUUACUCAUGCUCGAAACCAUGUUUGCCGAGCAAAGACAGGAAGCGUCGGCAGAGCAGGACCAAGGAGCAUUGAAAUCGAGGACGAACAAGCGACGAAGGGUAGAUUCUCAUUCGGCGACCCCCAGUGGCGAUGACGAUGACGACGACGAGCCAUACUUCCUUGCUACUCCUCAUGGCAAAAAGCCGAAAGGUGGUACUGGAUAUGCUGGAGACCAAAGAGAAGAUGUUUCCGGCCAACUUGAAGCGCUGGCACUUCAACGUACCAAAGACGAGAAGAUAGGCGUGCUUCUUUCUGAAAUUCGGGUGUAUCUUCCAUCGUUGCGUAGACCAGGAGGGGCGCGUACGAGUGACUACAUGGUCCAUCCCACUGCUUUGGCACAUCUGCGAAGGCGAUUCAAUUGCCUUUGCACAUCUCUCCUGAGGAAUGAUUCUCUCUCAGAUAUGUCAGAUCGAUCUGUACUCUAUUUUGAGUUGUUUGAAUGGUUGGAAACGAUAUCUAAUCAUGAAGCCUUGGCGAGUAUGAUGGCUAUGCCGAUCAUGGUGGCUUCGUCCGUGAAGUCUAUCACCGCCAAGAAGACGGAGAAAGGACGGUCUCCUGUGCGUGAACGUACUAUUGUCUAUGAGGGGAGUUCCGGUCCUCGGGAAUUACUCGAAGCUAUUGUUAUACAAGCUCAGGCGGCAAUCAAGGGACUGGAAGGAGCGAAACCUAACGAGCCAACUGCUCACGAGAUGACGGAGGAGGAGAAACGAAUGACCAGUGAUAUGAAGGGCAAGACAAAGGAAUCGACGCCUAUCAUGUCCGAAGAGAAUCAAAAGCUGCUCACAUUCUGUCAUCGAAUCCUUGCAACUGCCUUGGCCAUUGAUCGCUCCUUGCGCGAAACUAAAGGAGAUGCGUUUGUUGAUCGCCUGCAUACUUCUUUGCCGAAGAUUGUACAUUCGUCGAUUCUCGACGAUGUAUUUGUUGAUGUGAACGACACGGAGGAAUUCGUCAAGGCUACCUAUGUCAAUUGGGCUACCAAAGUUAGAUUCGAGUACUGCGAUCUUACGGUCCCAAAACAAGAUGUCAACAACAACAACGAUGAAAAGCAUGAUGACGUUCCACAUUACAAAUUCUACUACAACAACGAAGCACGUAUGUUGGCAAGUUCUGACAUCCCUAAGCGUUCAUUGGCGAUUGCAAAAGAGCUUGCUGUCCUGACAACUAACCUUCCUGUUGCUUGGGAUUCUUCUAUAUUCUUAAGAGUGGAUGAGACACGUGUAGACGUUAUCAAAGCCCUGAUAACUGGACCAGAAGGGACUCCCUAUUAUAAUGGCUGUUAUCUGUUUGACAUCUUCCUCGGACCGAAUUACAACCAAUCACCACCCAAUGUAAAGUAUAUGACUACAAAUGGUGGGAAGUUCCGUUUCAAUCCCAACCUCUACGCAGAUGGUAAGGUUUGUCUCUCGCUUCUUGGAACAUGGACGGGCCCUGGUUGGAUAUCUGGAAAAUCGACUUUGCUGCAAGUACUCAUUUCGAUCCAGUCAAUGAUAUUAUGCGAGGAGCCAUACCUGAAUGAGCCUGGAUGGGCCAUGAAUGGAGGCUCACCCCAAUCUCUAGCAUAUUCUGCGAAUGUGCGGCGCAUGGUUGUGAGGACUGCGAUGCUUGGGAACCUCAAGAAUCCUCCAGAGCCUUUUGGGGAUGUUAUCCGCACACAUUUCAGAUUGAAAGCUCGAUCGAUAAUCACUCAACUAGACGACUGGCUAUCUCGAGAUGAUGGUAGAGGUACGGUCAAUGAUGGCGCAUAUAAUGCGAAAGCCGAAGCAGGGACCAGUACGAAUGGAUUCAAGAAGGACGUAGAGGAGCUUCAACUACUGUUGAAUCAAAUUCAAGAAAACAAGUCAAAUGGCGAGAAAUCCUGAAACCGCAGCAACCGUGUGCCAUCCAACUGUGGACAUAAAGCGGGGCCAGUGAUGUCGACUUUUCUUCCUUCAUGUUGUCGGCUAGCCCAUGUAUCAAAGCAUGCCAGCCUAAAUAUUUCAGAGCUGGGCAAUCGUGAUCUGUAUAUCCUGUAGAUACUGCCUCCAGACCUCUGCGCAUAGUAGCAGCUGACGGUCGAUAUUGUACUAUAACUUACUGUCUGUUACUGUACUGGGUUCGCAAAUGAAUAAAUUAAGUACCACCAAUUGAA